GUUAGAGCCGAGUCACACGAUGUGUCUGGAAUCACGAAUCCGCUAUCUGUCCAUUGCGGCCCCCCAGUCCGCCCUGCCUGCCAUGCCUGGCCCCCGCUCCGGCCCGCCGCAGGUCUUCACGUUCGAUGUGGCGGAGGCAGCGCCCCCGGCCCCCAGGAGAGCCCCAGUGGGGAGCAGAGCCAGGCGGCCCCGGAGGGUGCUGUAUCCGGCCAAGGCCAGGCGCUACCUCCCGGCCCCCAAACCAGACUGGGCCCUGCGCUGCCUCUACCUGCUCUGCCUGACCGUCAUGGCCCAGAUCUGCUGCGAGGAGGAGGUGGAGGCGGGGAUCCUCCUCCCGGAGAAGGUGGUCCUCCUGCAGACCAUACAGCCAGCCCUCCGGCACAACCUGACCGGCCUCCAGCCCGCACUGCAGGAAUCCGGCCCCCAGCCAGCCCUCCGGCACAACCUGACCUCCCUCCACGGGGUCCAGCACAACAUGAUCUCCCUCCCCGGCCUCCAGCCCGCACUGCAGGAAUCCGGCCUCCAGCCAGCCCUCCGCCACAACCUGACCGGCCUCUGCUUCCCCAUCCAGGUCACCCUCAGCUGGCAGCUCUACCACCAGCGCUGACACCCUGCUUACUGCAUCCACUACUCCAGCUGCUGCACAGGAACCCAGAUGGGAGCUGCUACAAGAGCGAGGGGCCUCAGGCCACAACUUGCUACUGAACCCAUGCAAGGGAUGCACUGAAUAUUGUCGGUUAAUAUGGAGACCCCCAAAGAGUCUCUAAACGAGACAGGGUCUGAAUGUGGAGACUCUCUAUACAGGACAGGGUCUGAAUGUGGAGACUCUCUAUACAGGACAUGGUCUGAAUGUGGAGACCCCCAAAGACUCUCUCUAGACAUCACAGGGUCUGAAUGUGGAGACCCCCCAAAGACUAUACAGCACAGGGACUGAAUGUGGACCGCCAGAGACUCUGUACUACAACAAGAGACCCAUCUACACUACGACAUGGGGUCCUACUACAGAAACUCCAAGAGACUCUAUACUACACCUCAGGGUCCUUAGAAACUCUGUAUUACACCAUAGACUUAAUAUGUAGAACCGAGAAUGAAGAUUAUCCCAAAUACUUUAUACAUGAAAAAGGUCCUAAUAUGAAGGUCAAACCAGACACUAUAUGAAAGACUCAAACACUAAUAUGAAGGUUUUACUUGAUGUUAUUUAUAUGAGUAUAUUUUUAUACUACGUGGGCUUAAAGAUUAGCACUUGAAGUUUUGUGUGAUUUUUAAAUUUUUUGUUUUGCACAAAGCACUUUAUAACCUAAUCUGCCACUGUGGUGUCUUAUUUAAUAAUGUUGCUUUAUUUAUUAUUUAUGUCUGUUUAUGAUUUAAUAAAUUAAUUUGAUUACUUA